AUGGCAUCUUCCACCAAGGCACUCGAGGCUUACGGAAGUAGAACGCGCGUAGACAAAGUCAGCGCCGAGCUCGUCACCCUCACAUACGGCACCAUCGUUGCGCAACUAUGCAAAGACUACGAGUACAACUAUGCCGACGUCAACAAGCAGCUGGAUCGCAUGGGCUACAACAUCGGCGUACGGCUGAUUGAAGACUUCCUGGCCAAGUCUGGUAUACCUGCCUGUACCAACUUCCGAGAAGUGGCGGAGAUGAUCUCAAAGGUCGGCUUCAAGAUCUUUCUUAACAUUACCCCCACAAUCACCAACUGGACGAGCGACAACAAGCAGUUUUCCCUCAUCUUUGAGGAGAACCCACUCGCGGACUUCGUCGAGCUUCCCGACGACGGUCGGGCACAAGACGAGCUCUGGUUCUCGAACAUCCUGGUGGGCGUCUUAAGGGGAGCACUGGAAAUGGUUCAUAUGCAAGUCGAAGCGCACUUUAUCAGUGACGUGCUCCGCGGCAACGAUACCACGGAGAUGAGAAUAACACUGGUGCGCUACAUUGACGACGAAAUGCCGCCAGAUGACGAAUGA